GGCUCUAAAGAGAAGUUACAUUUUAAUAGCAGCUGGUGGGUUAUUAUUAAUUACUUGAAAAAAGAUGGAAGAAGAACAGCUCCCUGUCCUGACAGAGCAAGAACAAGGAGAGGCUUCAAGUCUGCAAUUUUCAGAGAUUGCAAAAGAGAGUACCAUUAAUGGAAAGGAAGAAGGCAUACAGGAAUGCUAUACAACUCCUGAUGAAACUGCUCUAUUAGAAAAUAAGGCCAAAGAAGAUGUGCAAGAUAAUGUUCUGGAUGAGGUGCACCAAAGAGAUGAGCAGAUGGUAGAAACAAAAGAAGAGGCAGCAGGUAAAGAGGUAAUCGAAAAAGGAGAAAGGGGAGAUUCAUUACCAUCAAGUGGAGACAUAACUGAAGAUUCAGUGACUUUAGAUGGAGAAAAAGUGGGUACAGAAGCAAAUGAAGAAAGCUCCUUGACCCAAGAGGAAAGUGAUGUGCUUAGUCACAAAAUAGAAAAAUCUGAAGCUGCAGCCACUAGCCAGGAGGUACCCACUGCCAUUGAUGUGGAAGAUAAAAGUAAGGAAGAGCAGACACAAGCUAGUGCCAAAGACAAUGCAGAUAAAGUAGACAACAGCAAGUCUACGGUCAGCUCUGCAAAGAAUGGCAUCAAUACAACUCCAGACAAAGAUACUGCACGUGGGAAAGAACAUCAGGAUCGAAAAUCUGAACUACCGCGUUCUAGGACCAUGCCAAAAUCAUAUGGAAGAGCUACAAGAAAAGACAUUGCUGAAAAAUUUGGUGGGGUUGCCACUUCAGGGGUUCGUGUUCAGCGGUCAACAAGCUGUGGUGCAGGAGCUGUAAAGAACAUGUUGCUAGAAUGGUGUCGGGCAAAGACACGGGGGCGGGAGGGAGUAGAUAUCCAGAAUUUCUCAAGCAGCUGGAGCAGCGGCCUUGCAUUUUGUGCCCUAAUUUUGGCUUUCUUCCCUGAUGCUUUUGAUUAUGAAUCUCUUGACCCGAAGAACCGAAGAGAGAACUUUCAGCUGGCAUUCAAUGCAGCAGAGAAAUUUGCAGAUUGCCCCCCACUUUUAGAUGUUGAAGACAUGGUCCGAAUGAAGGUUCCAGACUCUAAAUGUGUUUACACAUAUGUUCAAGAGUUAUAUCGCAGUUUGGUUGCUAAAGGUUUAGUGAAAACUAAGAAAACAUGAGUUUAUCAAAAAAGUACAAAUGCAUAGAAGAUUUCAUAAGCAUGGAUCUUCAUAUCAGAAGACAGAGCCACUUUAACGUCGCCUAAGCAUUUGCCAAGGUGUCUGAUUGCCUCCAUUCUGUCCUAAAGAAAGGAUACAACGUACAAAGAGAUGCUUUUAUUUUUAAAUAAAUAUGUUAUGGUUACAUC